AUGUCCACCCAAGUCAAGGUCAGCGCUGUCGUGAACGCACCCGUCGAGAACGUGUGGAAGGAGCUCAGGGACUUCACCUUCCCCGCACGCCUCAUCUCCACCGUCGAGAGCGCCGAGGGCACCGCCGUUGGCGGGGCCAGGAAGCUCAAGUGGAAGAGUGGUGAAUCUGCCACGCAGGUGCUGCUGGAGCUUUCCGACAUCGAGCGCCGUGCUGUGUGGGAAACCACCCUCGCCGAGCCUGACACCGAAGUGGCGGCCACUAUCUCCACCCUCCAUGCCCUCCGCAUCACGGAGAACAACUCGACCCUUCUCACCUGGUCGGCUGAGUUCAGUGCCGACGUGACGCCUGACUUUAUCAAGUUCCAGCACAAGGCCCUCCAGGACAACCUUGCCGAGAUCAAGGCCCACUUUGCCCACUAG